AUGGGUCGGUCGCCCAUACACUGGGCUGUCCCGGCUGCAUUAUGGUUUAUGGUACUGUCGCUCGCAGUAGCCAUCUCACUCCCCACUGAACGGCUUUCGCGGCGCGAAUUGCCGUUCGAAAAGGCGGUAUCCACAAUCCAGACCCGAGACACCGAAAAGUUCCUUCUGAGGAUCAUGCCUCUUGGCGCGUCGAUCACAUUGGGAUACAAAUCCACGGAUGGCAAUGGUUAUCGAGAACACAUCCGCCAGCAGCUCCGCUAUGAAGGCUGGGAAGUUGACAUGGUCGGAAGCAAAGAGAAUGGCACAAUGUACAACAAUCAUCACGAGGGUCACAUCGGCUUUAGAAUCGACCAGAUCGCAGAGGUCGUUGAUAAGACCAUCCCCAAGCAACCAAACCUAAUCCUCAUCAACGCGGGCACAAACGACGCUAUUCAAAAAUAUAACGUCUACUCCGCUGGCACACGCAUGAAUAGCCUAAUGACCAAGCUGUUCAACGAAAUCGAUGGUACAACAAUUAUUCUCUCAACACUGCUCCCAAACAAAAAGGAGCCCAAGCUAGUAAAAGCAAUCAACGAACAAUACCGCACUCUCGCCGCAUUCUGGCGCGCCAAGAACGGUCGUGUCGUUCUCGCCGAUAUGGACUCCUUCAUCAAGGAAGAUCAGCUGGUUGAUGGAAUCCAUCCUGAUGAUUAUGGAUACAAGGAGAUGGCGUCUGUAUGGUGGGCGGCUAUCCAAGUCGCGAUUGCUGAGAAUCUGCUUCAGGAGGCGAGUGACACGGCUGUUAAUGGGACUAUCAGUAAGGCUUUCGAGAAGAGCCUUGAUGGGAAUAAUAGCUUAGCCGAUCCGGAUUUACCUGCCUAUUCGGCGAAGGCGCAACCAGUGUUGAAUGGCGGUGUUUCUGAUCGAGGCUUGGGCCUGGUCUGGAUGGUCUGUUUGCAGGUUGGGGUCGGGCUGGUCGUGAUGACAUUAUGA